AUGCUCGCAUUAUAUACCCAUGCUACCGGGUGUUUUGUACGGGAUACUGUAGACCCAAUCUCCCCUUUCGCUGGAAAGCAGUUCUGGGACCAUUGCAUUGGUUAUGAGGGGUGGAGAUGGGAGCUCUGGGGCGGUGGCCUCUAUCUCAUUGAAAGAUUAUAUCGGGAAAUACGUGCUGCGAGGGACACUGAAAUUGUCCGAGUGGUUCGACAUCCAUACGAUGCCAUGGAAAUUCAAUUCCGCAAACCCAGCCUACGUUACAAGCCGGGACAAUGGCUGUUCCUCCAAGUCCCUGACGUUUCACGAACGGAAUGGCAUCCGUUCACGAUAACUUCGUGCCCCCAUGACCCAUAUAUAAGCAUCCAUAUCAGACAAGUGGGAGAUUUUACCCGAGAACUCGGAAACCGACUGGGUUGCGGUCCCGAACAGGCAAAGGACAUCGAUGGUCUCGAUCCGCUUGGCAUGUAUGAAAUCGCCAUGCAAAACGGUCAGACUAUGCCGAGUAUUCGUAUCGAUGGCCCUUACGGAGCACCAGCCGAAGAUGUGUUUAGUAACGAUGUUGCCAUCCUCAUCGGCACAGGCAUUGGUGUGACACCCUGGGCAUCCAUUCUGAAGGAUAUCUGGCACUACCGGGCCGGCCCGAAUCCACCCACCCGCCUUCGUCGAGUCGAAUUUAUCUGGAUUUGUAAAGAUACCAGCUCAUUCGAAUGGUUCCAAGCCCUCCUUUCCUCGCUAGAAGCACAGUCCGCCGAAAAAGCAAGCUCCGGACAGGAGUUUUUGCGUAUACACACCUACCUCACCCAACGUUUCGAUGAAGACACCGCUGCCAACAUCUAUCUCAACUCAGUCGGUCAAGAACUUGACCCUCUUACUGAACUAAGGACAGGCACCAAAUUCGGUCGCCCAGAUUUUGCCCGCUUCUUCUAUGCUCUGCGUGCUAGUAUAAUGAACCACACGUACAUGGCUGAUCUUGAUGCGACGCGCAGAGCCGAUGUUGGAGUUUACUUCUGCGGUCCAAACCAGGCGGCUAAACAAGUCAAAAAAGCAACGAAGGAAUGCACAAGCAAAGAAGUGAAAUUCAACUUCUGGAAGGAACAUUUCUAA